UUGCAGUUACUUUUGUUCUUUGUUCAUGAACUUUCGUUGUCAAAUGUCUGUCCAUGUGAAAGUGCGCUUUAAUAACUACACACACAACUUGUGUUUUGUUGUCAAAUUUCCGACUGUGCACAUUUUGUAGUUGACGUUUAGUUCUUAGCAGAAAACCAAUGGCAACAAUUCAACUGUAGGUCAGUGAUGCUCAUUAUGUUCAUAAGGAUCUUGCUCGGUUGAGAGGCGAUGGCUUGCUGACGUCAUAGGGGUUUAUUAGCGGUAGCUCGGACCCACACGCGGCAGUCACUCACAGCCCCCGCGCGAUCACCACACGUGCGUGUCUAAUGCCUCCGCUGCCGUACCGCGCCAGACCCGCGACUCAUGUCCGGGAAUCAAAGCAGGAAUAAGGGAUUCACUGAAGAAGAACAGACGAGACAGUUUCACCAUCUCAAAGGUCCGGUUUCCAUCAUAUGAAUGACGAGGUCGGUUUCUGAGAAAUGAACGAGAGCGCAGCCACCAACGAGAGCAGCGCGGGCUCGCCGCCUUCCUUGUGGCUGGACUCCGAAGAGUUUGACGGCAACCAGAGCAUCGCGCUGUCCUCGGCUGGUCUCGCAUUCCACGUGAACCCGUGGGACAUCAUGCUGUGCCUCUCCGGCACCGUCAUCGCCUGCGAGAACGCCAUCGUUGUGGCCAUCAUCGUCUACACGCCGAGCUUGCGGAACCCCAUGUUCGUCCUGAUCGGUAGUCUCGCGACCGCCGACCUCCUCGCGGGGAUGGGAUUAAUUUUAAACUUUGCGUUCCAGUACUUGAUCUCCUCCGAGACCAUCAGCCUUAUCACGGUCGGUUUUCUGGUGGCCUCCUUCACAGCCUCCAUCAGCAGCUUGCUGGCCAUCACGGUGGACCGCUACCUGUCUCUUUACAACGCCUUGACGUACUUUUCGGAAAAGACGCUCCAGUACGUGCACCUCAUGCUCGUGGGCAGCUGGGGCGCGUCUCUGUGCCUCGGCCUGUUGCCCGUGUUGGGUUGGAACUGCUUGGACGACGCGUCCACCUGCAGCAUCGUGCGCCCGCUGAAGCGCACCAACCUCACCCUGCUGGCCACGUCCUUUUUCAUCAUCUUCAUCCUCAUGCUAACCCUGUACUUUAAAAUCUGCAAGAUAGUGUGCCGUCACGCGCACCAGAUCGCCCUCCAGCAGCACUUCUUCACCACGUCGCACUACGUGGCCACCAAGAAAGGGGUCUCCACGCUCGCCAUCAUCCUGGGCACCUUCGGGGCGAGCUGGCUCCCCUUCGCCAUUUAUUGUUUGGUCGGACAGCGCGAGUAUCCUCCGGUGUACACGUACGCCACGCUGCUGCCCGCGACCUACAACUCCAUGAUCAAUCCCAUCAUUUACGCAUAUAGGAACACGGAGAUCCAACGCUCCAUAUGUGUGCUCUUCUGCGGCUGCUUUCACACCAACGGCUCGUAUCGCUCCAGGUCUCCCAGCGAGGUGUAGCUCUACACACGUGGGCUUUUUGAAACUCUUACACGUGCUAAAGUAUGGACACGAUUGUCGCGCAAUUGCACUUUAAUAAGACUCUGGAGCGCGACCGUGCGUCUCCAAACGCUGUGAACAAGACGAACCGCAACGUAUCACGUGGGGAAUGUAUAUUUAUAUUAUUUAUGAUGACCCAAAUGUUGCACUUUAUUGUACAGUACUAGAUGCCAAAGCAGUAUUGCGUAGGCCUGCGUCUUUGGAGAGUUCGUGUGUGAUGGGUUUUAUAACUCCUCAUGUUGUACCUGACUGUACGUUUUUUACGUAACAAUGAACACAAA